AUGACUGAUAGAAGAAGCGACCUAUUCGUGUGCAUAUAUACACCACACAGUGCGCAGUUAUAGUAUUUAUUUUCCACUUUGCAUUUUCCAGCAUUACAAUGUUAGCAGCCAGAGGAGUGUUGCGGCUUGCACGGAGGUUGGCGGGCGUUAGUGUGCCGCAGCGGGGGUGUGCUGGUGCUGUUCCCGUGGACGACAUCGUUAACGGACUUACAGAUGAGCAGAUUCAGCUCAGAAAGACGGUCCAGCGGUUCUGUCAAGAAAAGCUUGCCCCCUAUGCUGACGAAAUAGACAAGUCAAAUGAGUUUUCACGUAUGAGAGACUUUUGGAAAGAGGCAGGUGAACUCGGAUUGCUUGGGAUCACAGCUCCAGUGGAGUAUGGAGGCACAGGAAUGGGCUAUCUUGAUCACGUAAUUGUGAUGGAGGAGAUAUCACGGGCGUCAGGAGCCAUAGCCCUCAGCUAUGGCGCGCAUUCCAACCUCUGUGUCAAUCAGCUUGUGCGCCAUGGCAACCAGAAACAAAAAGAGAAGUACCUCCCGAAGUUAACAUCAGGAGAAUAUGUAGGCGCCUUGGCCAUGAGCGAGAACAACUCUGGUUCUGAUGUAGUAUCCAUGAAACUGACGGCGAAGAAAGAGGGUGACCACUAUGUGCUGAAUGGUAAUAAGUUCUGGAUAACGAACGGACCUGAUGCGGAUGUUCUCAUUGUGUAUGCCAAGACGGAUGUAGCUGCAGCUUCACGUGGAAUCUCCGCGUUUAUUGUAGAAAAGGGAAUGCCUGGUUUCAGUACUGCACAGAAGCUGGAUAAACUGGGGAUGAGAGGCUCCAACACGUGCGAGCUCAUCUUUGAAGACUGCAAGGUUCCAGAGAAGAACCUGUUGGGACAGUUGAACAAAGGAGUCUACGUACUGAUGAGUGGACUUGACCUGGAGAGGCUUGUGCUCUCAGCCGGGCCUCUUGGUAUUAUGCAAGCUGUGCUUGAUCACGCUAUUCCUUACCUACAUGUCCGAGAAGCAUUUGGCCAGAAGAUCGGCUACUUCCAGCUGAUGCAAGGAAAGAUGGCUGACAUGUACACCCGGCUUAGUUCGUGUCGGCAGUACGUAUAUAACGUGGCACGCGCGUGUGACAAAGGCCAUUACAGUCCCAUGGACUGUGCUGGAGUAAUCCUUUAUUGUGCUGAAAAUGCGACUCAGGUUGCCUUGGACGGAAUUCAGUGCCUGGGUGGAAAUGGUUACAUUAAUGACUACCCAAUGGGCCGCUUCCUGCGAGACGCUAAGCUAUACGAGAUUGGCGCGGGCACCAGUGAGGUCCGAAGGAUGGUUAUUGGCAGGGGCUUCAACUCCAUGUUCAAAUAAGUCUGAAGCCAAACAUGAAGUAAUCACCAGGGAUCUGCUUGAUGCAUUUCACAGAUUUGUGCUGUAUGUGUGAUGCAUGUUGAAUUUCAGUAGGGGGAAACUUGAACAAUUAAUAGCAUAAUCUCUGGCUUUAAAUAGUGUGUGUUACAGUAGCAAAGCUAAUUGUUUUGCAGGACAUGAAAAAACUUGAUCAAGCACACACAAAUGUUUGCUCAAGAAGUUAGGAUGAACACUAUUUUUUCUCAUUUUGAUUCUAGAACAUUAUAGUGGAACUGUGUAAGAGGAAUGGGUUUUAGCGGUGCGUUUUCAGCAUAGUCAUCAGUUUCAAACUAUUUUGUAUGUCAGUUCCUUUAAUAACAGCCCUCGUGGAAUCCCAUUAGAUAUUUUAUUGUCAGUCUACUAUUUUUGAAGCAAAUCAGGUCACUAAUCUGUUCUCCAAAAAAAACAAAAAAAACAUAUAAAGCAUUGUACACUUUGUUUUUACAAAUGUUGGUGGUGAUUUUUCCUUCUAAUCUUGUCGUUUUUCUUAUUAUGUAACCUUUAUCUGUCUGACCAUUUAAAAAUGGUCACUUUCCCCAUGUCCAUAAAUGAAUUAUUAUGAA